GUGGUUGUCAACGCCUGAUUGAUCGGUCGCGUUAUGAGCCACGUCUUAUUGGUUCGUUCUGCGAGGAGGGAGAUUUGAUUUUGGGUUUUUGAAGAAAACGGAAAGAGAAGGUUCGGGAACGUCCGAGCGGGAGGAGAGCCCGACGCCUGGGGCCUUGUUGGAGCGGAACCGGAGCCGUAGGUUCGGGCCCUGUGGGAGCUGGAGCUGCCGCCGCUCUCUGCAGAGAGUUAUGAUGGAAACACUAGAGGAAUUUGAUCAAGAAUAUCCUCUAAGCAAGAUGUUCUGUAAACGCAUAACCAAAGAAGAAUUUGAGUCUGAAGCCCUGACCUAUACUGAAAAGGCACUGCAGGACUUAUUUCACACUAUGGAUCAGAACCCAUCACUGUGUGAGAGAGUAGUCCGCAAACGAAAACAGGCUGAACUUGAAAAGGCUGGGUUGAAAUCCUUUAUUAAGGCUAAAUUUUUCACAGCUGUAGAUGGUCGGCUGAACCGCUGUAAUGCUGUUGGAAUAGAUGAAUUACAAGAAAGACUCCAACACUUGAAGAACGAGAUGAGAAAAGUUCAGAUGUACGCUUGCGAGGCUAAAGAAAGUGCACAAAGGACCUCCAAGCGACUGGCUGAAAAGAGACAGAAGGAGCAGUGUGAGGUUUCUAUGAAUGAAGAUUCCACGCUACCUUCAGUCACUGCCAUUCCUCCUCCACCACCACCACUACCACCACCAUCUGUUUCAGCUCCCAGUAAUCCAGCGUUUAAAACUCCUCUGAGAGGCAAAUUGAACCUUCACACAAGAGAAGCAAAGGUUUUGGCAACUCCAGCUCUGUUGGACAGCUACGGACUGGGCAGGCUCAAUCGACGCUGUAAAAGUAUUGCAGAUCUGAGAGUUCCUGAAGGUGACAAUAGCACUGAACCUGUCCAAAGUAUCCACUCUGAACUUCUGGCUGCAAACCAUUUUGAGAGACUACGAUCAACAGGCAUCCAUCGGUCUCCAGGUGGCACUCCAUCCAAAAUCCCCAAAAGUCAGCGAGUACAGGAAGGGGAAGUAUGUUCUCCUGCAUCUGCCUUUAAUACAACAUUAUUGAAUAAAUUUCGCAAUACAAAGAGCCCAAUUGAGAGUGUUCCACGAUCACCAUCCAGCAGUGACAGUGAGAGUUCUGGAUUCGCUACACCUCCAGGCAGCCCAUGAGUGAGGAACCCUGUAACUUCAACUCCCAAGAGUGACUGAAAUCUCCAGCUCUGUCUGCCUCUUAAAGGGUUUUAACUUAAAUGUCUGGUCUUAGUCAAAUAUUGACAUGAAGAAGAUGUGAUCUGAUGUAAUAUUACCUGAGUAAUAAGUGCUUCUGAUCCAAAAUCAUCUUUUUGAAAAAGAAUCCUUAUCUUUUAAACAGUCAGCAAAAAUAAUUUCAUUCACUUGUUCCUGCCUAUACUUCCACUAUUUUUUAAUGUUUGCAAAUCUCAAAAUUGACAAGGUUGUGGGACAAUCUCUAUUGCACUUUAUAUAAUUCAAUUCUUGAAAUGAUUGUGAGUUCUACCUUUUUUGAGACCGUGGCAACUGGGUGCAAAUCAGUUUAAUAUCGGGUGCUUCUUAGCUGUUAUUUUAUCAAGAAAUGUACAAAGUGCAAGAAAAUGUUUUUGUUUUUAAUUGAGCAGAAUGUGUACUUCCAAAUAUAUUUUGCAAUGUCAGUCACCACAAAGGUGCCAUGUUUUAACUAACAUGGAAUCUGUAUAUAAAUCUGGAAGCAUUGGUUUUACAAAGUGAGGAACUCCGAUUAGCUUUCACUUCUGCAGCCCUUUUGCAUGAACCCAGAAAAAUGUGAUGCAAAUUGUGCCUCUAUUCCUUAUUAAUGUCAUUUAAUAUUUUCCUUCUGUUAUUUAGCUACAGAGAUGAUAAAAUUUUUUGAGUGGUAAAAUUUCUACAACAUAUCAUAGCCAUAAGCUGUUGAACAUGUAUAAAUUCGCUUGAUGUUCCUUGUUUCUGACUUACUGUAAUUUUACGAGUAUUGUUUGUUCAUUUGAAAACAAAAAAAAUGGAAUUUUUAUGAAGCAAUGAUGAUAAUACCAGAAGUGCUAGUUUUCUAUUCCUAGCUUUUCAAACUGAAGAGGAUUGUGUCUGAUUGUAUGUAACACAAAUUAGGGUAUGAAUUUAUUGCUGGGAUGCACCUACUAAGUGAAAUCAAAGGCAUUCUCCCAGGACCUGGGCUGCCAAUAAUUGUUAAAGGACAACAAGGCUAUCUGAACAGUACACGAUAGUUCAAGGCACUUGUUGAAACCCAUUUAGAGUCUGUCUUGGCCAACAGACUAAUUCACUUCUUGUUACAAUCUCAAAGGUGCUUCUCAGAUAUUUUCUUUCACUGCUUGCCUUGAAAAGCUCUUUGGAAUAAGGCACAAAUUUCUAAAGGAUUUACACAUCUCAGUUGAAACUACUGCCUUUGAGAUAGGUGCUAUAAAAGAUCUUGCGUUGUUGCCUGUUGCAUUAAGCAAGACCAUUAAAUCAGUGAUAAAUGUAAAUGUUUUUAGUAGGAAUUACAAAUGGAUUGUGGACUUUCUAAGCAAGCUUAAAUAUGUAAACAUAAUUAUUCUUUUAUUUGGGGGGUUUAUGCCAAAGUGUUUAUUCUAAAUUAAUGGAUGAAAUUCUGCUUUAUGUUCCGCUGUCGUGCAUUUCGGUAUAUCUGCCUCAUUUAAUCACCUUUAUUUUAGCAUCAUUUAUGUAUUCAUAUUAGUUAAACAUCCAUGCAGCACUGUGCAGUUUUUAAUAUACGUAUGAUACCCUCUGUGCAUCUAUCACAGUAUUGAGAGUUCGCUUGUUCUGAUCACAGGCCCCUAUAGUAAAGAACUGUUUCCCCACCUCCCUCUUGUUUCAAAGAUUGCUCGGUAUUUCUUUUACCAUUACAGAAUCUCCAGGAGCACAUGACAGUGUUGGAAGGCAGCUGGAUCACUCGUGGAUCCUCUCCAGAAGAGGUGUCUUUGGGGGAAGAAAAAGCAGACAGACACAGGAUUUCUCCAGUGUAAACUGCAGGCUUUAUUCCAUGUAAAUACUUACUUGUGUGUCCUUUAAUUCCCUUCAUGUUUGUAAUGCUGAUGACAGUGGAAUAAAGGACACCUACUUCAUGCUC